AUGCAGCUCGCAAGUUGGAUACCAGUUCUUCUGGCACUGGUCCUCCAAUCGGUGACCGGAGCUCGAAUUCGUGGCAGGCAAUACGAUGAGGAGAAGGACACCAUCGUCGAACUGCCCAAGCUGGGAAGCAUCCAGGGAAAGAUUGUAGAAACCGCUUGGACAAAACGGGAAGCGUUGCAGUUUGUGGAUGUCAGAUAUGCAGAACCUCCAACGGGACUGCAUCGGUUCAAGGCUCCUCGACCGAUUGAACCGUGGGAGGAUGUUAUGGACGCCACAGCGGAGAAGAUCGGCUGUCCCUCGGUGGUGUCGAUGGACUCGCUCCGGAAACUGGAUGACGUCCUGGAUGUGGAGGACUGUCUGACGAUGACCAUCACCACACCGAAUGUGACCGGUCAGUACCCCGUUCUCGUUUACAUCCACGGGGAGUAUUUGUACGAGGGCAGCAACUCCGAGGCUCCGCCGGAUUAUCUGCUCGAAAAGGACAUUGUGCUGGUCACUCCGCAGUAUCGCCUCGGGCCUUUCGGAUUUCUGUCCACGAAGACAGACGAGAUUCCCGGCAACGCCGGCUUUCUCGAUAUCUUUCUGGCCCUGCAGUUCGUUAAGCACUUCAUAAAAUAUUUUGGCGGUGAUCCUUCAAAAGUCACUGUGGCUGGUCAAGUGGGAGGAGCAGCCAUUGCCCACCUGCUCACACUUUCGCCAAUGGUCCAGAAAGGACUCUUCAGCCAGGUGAUCUACCACUCGGGAUCGGCGAUUAUGCCCAUCUUCCUGGAGGAGGAUCCACGGAAACACGCUCAGGAGAUCGCUAAGAAGGCAGAUUGCCGGAUGGUGACAGUUAGGGACUUGAACAACUGUCUAAUGGAGCUCACGGCUUUGGAAUUGCUAAAUGCUUUUAUGGAACAUGCGCUGGAGAAAUCCGACCUUGGAAUCGGACACACUGGGGGCAUACAGUUCACCAUCGGUGGACCCAGUGGAGUGCUGCCCAAACAUCCUUACGACCUCAUGUUGGAAUCAAACUUUUCUUAUCCUGCGAUGGGGGGCUGUCAAAAUGCCGGAACUCGAGUGCUCAACGAGAUUGUGGACAAUGACUUUGAGGGAAAGAUUCCUGAUGACGAGUAUACCACCUAUAAUUACAUUGACCACGUGAUCCGUCAGGUUGUGGGCACCGACAAGACGAUGCUCCUCACUAGCUUUAUCACCCACGAUUUCUUUAACCGGCCGCUGCUGGAAAACGGAACCUUUGACACUCUGAUUCCCAGGCUAAUUGAUGUUGCUGGAACGCUGAACCACAAACUGCCCGUUCUGAUGGCUCUGAACAUGAACAACAAGCACAAUCCGCACAACACCUUCCUCUACUCGUUCGACUACGCGGGCGAGUUUAAUCGCUACAAGGAAAUGGAUGAGGAGACCAACAUGCAGAGCCCCUUCAAGGCGGGAGUCUCGCUGACCGACGAGGCCCUUUACCUGUUCCCCUACCCCGAUCACGUGAAGCGCCUCAGUCCGCCGGACGUGACGAUGGCCCACCGGAUGGUGGAGCUGUGGACGAACUUCGUAAUUUGGGGCAACCCGUUGGGAUCCUAUCGCAGUGGCUACUGGCCACCGAUGACCACGCUUUAUGGUCCGUACAUGAAGAUCGACGAGACUCUCACCAUUGGGGGCAACUUCUUCAGCGAGUUCUCGGCCACGCUGCAAGAUGAGGAGGACGGCCACAGUCUGGUCCGCGAGAUCUACUAUCUGCGCAGUCGCAGCCGCAAGCGGGCUCAAAACAAACGCCGGCAGCAACUGGCCGCCGCGAAGGCCAGUCGGUUGCAAAAGAUGGGCGGACGCAAGAGUCUGGUGAAGCGGCCGAACCGCAACAAGAUACGCUUUUGAAAUUUAGAAU